AUGGAGAACGAACAACAGCAAGCACAGACUGCUCCCUCCUGCCGUGCUGGUUGCGGUUUCUUUGGCGCCUCGGCGACAGAAGGCUACUGUUCGCAGUGCUUUAAGAACACGCUGAAACGUCAACAAGAUGCAGUCAGGCUUACCUCACCUGUUGUCUCCCCUUCAUCAAUGGCGGCCGCCACCUCCUCUGUCCUCAAAUCUGACCCAUCAAGUGUGGAAAUUUGCAUGAAAGCAGCCGUGAGUGCAUCCGAUGCGACGGUGAAGCUGGAUUGUGAAGAGAUUCUCAAUGUGACUGAUGAUACGGCGAUGAUGGUUGCCGAAAGCACUGCGCCCACGACAAUUGUUGUUGACGCGCCCGCGCCGGUGAAAAAAGCAAAUAGAUGCCAUAUGUGUAAAAAACGGGUUGGACUUACUGGUUUCUCGUGUCGAUGCGGAGGAUUGUACUGCGGAGAUCAUCGUUACGAUCAGGCGCACAAUUGUCAAUUCGACUAUAAGACGAUGGAACGUGAAACGAUCCGGAAAAACAAUCCUGUCGUUGUGUCGGAUAAAGUUCAAAGAAUUUAA